GCGUGGCCUGGCGAAGAUGGCAGCGCUGAGCGGGGACGCGCUGGGGCUGGAGCGGGACGUGUCCCGGGCCGUGGAGCUGCUGGAGCGGCUCCAGCGCAGCGGGGAGCUGCCCCCCCCCCAAAAACUGCAGGCGCUGCAGAGGGUCCUGCAGAGCAAGUUCUGCUCGGCCAUCCGCGAGGUCUACGAGCAGCUCUACGACACCUUGGACAUCGCGGGGAGCCCCGAGAUCCGCGCCCACGCCACGGCCAAGGCCACCGUGGCCGCCUUUGCCGCCAGCGAGGGCCACGCCCACCCGCGGGUGGUGGAGCUGCCCAAGACCGAGGAGGGUUUGGGGUUCAACAUCAUGGGGGGCAAGGAGCAGAACUCGCCCAUCUACAUCUCCAGGGUCAUCCCGGGGGGGGUGGCCGAUCGACACGGGGGGCUCAAGAGAGGGGACCAGCUGCUCAGUGUCAAUGGAGUGAGCGUGGAGGGGGAGCAGCACGAGCGCGCGGUGGAGCUGCUGAAGGCGGCGCAGGGCUCGGUGAAGCUCGUGGUGCGCUACACGCCGCGGGUGCUGGAGGAGAUGGAGGCGCGAUUCGAGAAGCUGCGCACGGCGCGGCGGCGCCAGCACAACAGCUACUCGUCGCUGGAGUCGCGGGGUUGAGCCCCCAGGACGCCUCAGACUCUUCUGGGACCCCCCAAAAUCCUCCUGGGCCCCCCGGGACCCCCAAACCCCCUCUGUAUAUUUGGGUAUUUAUGGGCGCUGCCCCUGUACAGUAUUUAUUGAUCCUGGUAAAGGCGCGGCCCAGGUGGGCGCUGACGUCA